AUGAGUCAGUCGGCGAUUGCCAUCAUUGCCGAGUGCGAAACGAAGAUGGUGCUGGGAACUGGGAAGCAACAACCUCGUGACGUGGCACGGAAAGAAGUGUCGCCAAAGAUUCAUUCCGGGAAACAUCGCCGUUGUCUGCAUGCAAGUACUUGGGAGGAAAAUGAAGCCGAUUACACACGAUUAGUCUAUUUCCAUCACAAUUUAUUUGGGAAAAGUGAUCCUUCAAUCUCUUUCUCCUGA